AUGUCAGCGAAGGGGAGAGUGGGAGUUGGAGGAGAGAUGGGUUCAAGAAAUGUAGUAGUGUCAAGGAAUUUGGCAUUUUUGCUUUGUUUUAGUAGCUUCCUUGCUGGGAUAUUGUUCACUAACAGGAUUUGGACAGAGCCUGAAAGAACAAAAUUAGAAUCUGAGGAUUGUAAUCAGAAGCUUAAUGUUGAAAAUCAUACAUCCAAUAACAGUCUAGGGCAAAUUUCAGAUACUCAGUAUGAUAUCAGUGCACUAGAUGGUAAAAUUUCAAGUAUAAAAACGAAAUUAGCAGCUGCUAAGGCAGAGCAGAAAUCUUUGUCGAGUGGCGAUACUGCAUCAGGAAACUCGAAAAGAAAAUACUUUAUGGUAAUUGGAAUCAAUACAGCUUUUAGCAGUCGGAAGCGGAGGGAUUCAGUUCGUUCAACUUGGAUGCCACAAGGUGAGGAAAGAAAGAAGUUGGAGAAGGAGAAGGGUAUAGUCAUACGCUUCGUUAUAGGUCACAGUUCAACUGCUGGUGGCAUUCUUGACAAAGCUAUUGAAGCAGAGGAAAUGGUGCAUGGAGAUUUCCUGAGGCUGGAACAUGUUGAGGCCUACCUGGAAUUAUCAGCCAAGACAAAGACUUACUUUAGUACUGCUGUUGCUUUGUGGGAUGCAGACUUUUAUAUCAAAGUUGAUGAUGAUGUUCAUGUGAAUUUAGCAACACUGGGCACAAUCUUAGCUGGACACCGAAAGAAACCUCGUGCUUACAUUGGUUGUAUGAAGUCUGGUCCUGUACUUUCUAAAAGGUAA